CAAUACUACUGAGACAACUAGGCACAGCUUAGCACACAGAUACAGCAUAACGUCUAUUUCAGCCCAGCUGUAAGUGAUACCGCACUAAGGAACACUUUCAUCAAACUCCGUUGGGGGACAGAACACUACCCAGGCUACAGCCCAUUUAUGUGUUAUUUUUUGUUGCUGAAUAAUAACCUUUAAAAAAAACUGUGCCGAAAAAGCUGAAGUUUUCAGUAAUCGUACCAAACUGUUUAAUUUUUGUGCGCUCUUGGAUGGAAGUUUAUGCGCAUUGUUAAAACGCUGUUAUACAUGAUCAAUGAAACGGUCUUCCAUACAAGCGAUUUGCACCAUUUGUUGCAAGAGAGAGCAUUUUAAAACACACGCAGGGCUAUUUCAUGUAAAUCAAGCGACUUGGACCAUCAGCAUCUCUCCUGCCGCCCGCGAUUGAACCACAGUUAACCCACGAUAUCUGAAGAGGAAUUACAUAGGCUCUUUGAGUUACAAAAAAAUAUUCUGCAAUCAUUGCCUUUGCCUCUCGCAUGUGGACCAUAGACUUUUUUAGGACAUGGAUCAUUUGCUGUAGUGGAUAACCCUACCCCGAUGUGUGCUUUUUGUUUGAUUCCCGCUACCAGAAGAGGAUCCUUUUUUUCUCCACUUUUCCACUUCAGUGUAAUUCUAUGGCACUUCUUCUUCUAAAGCACUGAUGUCGCUACGUGACGGGAAUUGCGAUUGAUUUUCCAUAUUCUGUUUCAAGGGAUAGAAGGUCAACAUUACUAUCACUAGUGUCAAGUAAAGACAGUGACAGAGUUGCAGCCUUAAGAAAAAAAUACUCCCACCCUCUCUGAUUAUGGACUUAGCAGGUCAUGCUCAUGUGCUGGUGGUGUUACUCACCUGCCUGGUCUUGCUGUCCUGGGCCCAAGAGAAGGACUACACGGUGAGGGAGGAGCAGCCCGAGAAUGUCCGCAUUGGGAACCUACGGAAGGACUUGGACCUGAACCUUGACCCUGACUUCAAGCUGUCCUCGCCACUGCAGUUUAAGCCCGUCUACAAAACGGGCGAUGUGCCUUUGGUGAGGGUAGAGGCCAACACCGGGGAGAUCUUCACCACGGCUCACCGCAUCGACCGAGAGAAGCUCUGCUCAGGAGUAUUCAACGAGAAGCGCUGCUUCUACGAGAUCGAGGUCGCCGUUCUGCCUGACGAGAUCUUCCGUCUGGUUAAGAUCCGGUUCCUGAUUGAGGACAUCAAUGACAACGCUCCACUCUUCCAGUCCACCGUAAUAAACAUCUCCAUCCCAGAGAACACUGCCAUCAACACCCGAUACCCCGUGCCCUCUGCAUUUGACCCAGAUGUGGGGAUCAAUGGGAUCCAACACUAUGAACUUGUCAAGAGUGUAAGUGAGUUUGGCCUAGACAUCAUCGAGACCCCAGAGGGAGACAGAUGGCCUCAGCUGAUCGUCCAGCAGAGCCUGGACCGCGAGCAGAAGGACACCUUCGUCAUGAAGAUCAAGGUGGAGGACGGAGGUACGCCACCCAAGUCCAGCACGGCCAUCCUCCAGGUUACCAUCUCCGACGUCAACGACAAUCGACCGGUCUUCAAGGACAGUGAGGUGGAGGUGAACAUCCCUGAGAACGCCCCCAUUGGAACCUCCGUCACCCAACUCCACGCCACAGACGCAGACCUCGGCUCCAACGCCCAGAUCCACUUCUCCUUCUCCAACCAGAUCUCCUCAUCCACCAAGAGGCAUUUUUCCAUAGACAGCACCACCGGGCUGAUCACUGUCAAGCAGCCCUUAGACAGAGAAGCCACUCCGGUCCACAAACUCAUCGUCCUGGCCAGCGACGGCAGCUCCACUCCCUCCAGAGCUACGGUUAUCGUCAACGUAACGGACAUUAAUGACAACGUUCCGUCCAUAGACACUCGGUAUAUAAUGAACCUUGUAAAUGGAACGGUUCUACUGUCAGAGAAUGCUCCUCUCAACACAAAAAUAGCCCUAAUUACAGUGACGGACAAGGACUCGGAUCUGAACGGCAAAGUGACUUGUUACACUGACCAUGACGUUCCUUUCAGGUUAAAGCCAGUCUUUAAUGACCAGUUCCUGCUGGAGACUGCGGCCCCCUUAGAUUACGAAACAACCAGGGAAUAUGCAAUUAAGAUAGUAGCAUCGGAUUCAGGGAAGCCUCCUUUGAACACGUCAGCGAUGGUUUUAAUAAAAAUUAAGGACGAGAAUGACAACGCUCCCAUCUUCCCUCAACCUGAGAUUCAGCUGUCCAUACCAGAGAACAAUGAUCCAUCCACGCAGCUCAUAAAGAUCAGUGCCACGGAUGCAGACAGCGGACAUAAUGCAGAGAUUAUUUAUUCUCUUGGCCCUGACGCUCCUGAUGGGUUUAACAUAGAUAGACGGUCAGGAAUCCUCUCCGUUGGCAAACGCCUGGAUAGAGAGAAGCAGGAGAAGUAUUCGUUCACUGUCAUGGCAAGGGACAAUGGGUCUACUUCGUUGCAGAGCAAUGUCACAGUGAGGUUAAUAGUGCAGGACCUCAACGACAACAGCCCAGCUUUCACCCAUCCUGAGUAUAACUUCUACGUGCCUGAGAACCUGCCUCUGUACGGGACCGUGGGUCUGAUCACCGUCACAGAUUCUGAUGCAGGUGACAACUCCGUCAUAACACUGUCCAUCCUGAAUGGGAAAGACAAUUUCCUUAUUGAUCCCCAGACCGGUGUAAUCAAACCCAACCUCACAUUUGAUAGAGAGCAGCAGAGCUCAUACACUUUUAUGGUGAAGGCUAUAGACGGAGGGCAACCACCCAGCACUUCAUACGCCAAGGUCACCAUAAACGUUGUGGAUGUCAAUGACAAUCGACCUGUUUUUGUUAUCCCCUCGUCCAACUACUCUUACGAUCUGGUCCAGUCUACCACCAGCCCUGGGUCUGUGGUCACCAGGGUGUUCGCUAUAGACAAUGACACUGGCAUGAAUGCUGAGCUGCAGUACAGCAUCAUUGGGGGAUCACCAAGAGGGCUGUUUGCCAUAGACAAAACAACUGGCAAUAUAACUCUGCAGGAGAAGAUAGUCUCAGCUGAUCAGGGUUUACACAGGCUAGUGGUGAAAGUCAAAGACCUGGGCCAGCCAGAGUCCUUACACGCAAUCGCCCUCAUUCACCUCUUCAUUAACGAGACUGUAUCCAACGCUACGUUCAUUCAAGAGCAGCUACGUAAGAGCUUGGAGACUCCAUUGGACCGUAACGUGGGAGACAGUGAGGUCACACCCCAAGCCAACGGAUACGUGAUUGUUGUCAUCGCUAUUAUAGCUGGGACUAUGACAGUUAUCUUAGUCAUCUUCGUGACGGCCUUGGUGCGCUGCCGUCAGACGCCCAGGCACAAAGUGGUGCAGAAGGGCAAGCAGAGCGGCGAGUGGGUGUCGCCCAACCAGGAGAACCGUCAAAUCAAGAAGAAAAAGAAGAAAAAGAAGAGAUCCCCUAAGAGCCUCCUCUUGAACUUUGUCACCAUAGAAGAAUCCAAGCCUGAUGAUCCCAGCCAGGAGCACAUUAAUGGAACUCUGGACCUGCCUGUGGAGCUAGAUGAGCAGACCAUGGGGAAAUACAACUGGGCCACUACGCCGACCACCUUCAAACCUGACAGCCCAGACUUAGCCAAGCAUUACAAGUCUGCCUCCCCCCAGCCAACCUUCCAAAUCAAACCAGAGACCCCGAUGGCGCCCAAUAAACACCACGUGAUUCAGGAGCUCCCGCUAGACAACACGUUUGUGGUGGGCUGUGACUCGCACUCCAAGUGCUCCUCCACCAGCUCAGACCCGUACUCGGUCUCAGAGUGCAGCUGUCAGGGGGGAUUCAAGACUUCUGGGCAAAUCCACACCAGACAGGAGACGGCACUGAAACCACCACUCUAUGACACACUCUGUGGCUCAGGUACAAGUCGCUGCCACAGGAUAAAAAUCAAUCUCUAGCUGCCAGUACCUAGAGAGAGAAAGAGAGAGGGAGAGAGAGAGAGAGGGAGGAAGGCACAGACGAAGAGGUGAAUCUCAUACUAUACAGUCUCUACAGCCUCAAAACACCAACCAUCAAAAGGAAUAUGUUAAUUUUUGUUUUUUUGUGGGCGAAAAAAAAGAAAAAAGAAGUAUUUACUUGAAUAAUUUUCACCGAAAUGAAGACACGUUGUUGCCUGCCUGAAACUUGACAAAGCUCUACUUGUUAAUCCUGUAGGAGGUUUGAAAUACUUCACAGAAACCCUAUAGCAUCACUUAUCUCGUAUCUAUCUCCUAGAUGAUGACACAUGGUAUGACCCACCGCCCUGUAAAUACAAUGGACAGUUAUUCUGUACAGUAUGCUUAUUUGUAUGUAUAUUUAUCACAGAGUUGACUUGGUUUAUAUGUAUUGAUUCUGUUUGAGUAAAGUUUGACCUACACUCUUAGAAAUAAGGGUUCCGUAGGGGUUUCUAAGGUUGUUCCCAUAGGAGAACCUUUCUUGGUUCCAGGUAGAACCCUUUUUUUUGGGGGUUCCAGUUAGAACUCUUCUGGAUUCCAUGUAAAACCCUCUGUGGAAAGGGUCCUACAUGAAACUCAGAAGGGUUUUUACCUGGAACCAAAAAGGGUUCUUCAAAGGGUUCUCCUGUGGGGACAGCUGAAGUACCCUUUAGUGUACUAGAUAACACCUUUUUUCUAAGAGUGUGCCAAGAGGCUAUUUUAUUUAACUUGCUUUUGAAUCCAUUGAAUUCGCUAUUUUUUGGGGGGGGGCUCAUGGAUAUAGUGACUUGUAAUGUAUGAUGCUGCAAUCUUGGACUAAUGCAAAUGGUCCUUAAUGCAAAUUGGCCUACUGCUAAUAGGCCUACAGCAAAUUGGCCUACUGCUCAUGGGCCUACUAUGUGACUGUUCUGUACUUUUAUGUCAAUGAUCACCUCGUAUCAUCCCAUACACUUACAGUGCCACAGUUAGUGUUAGCAGUGAAGAGCGUGGCUAGUGUUAAUAUAUAUUGCCCACUGGACUGGAACACCACAGCUAACUGUUAGUACUGAAAAGUGUGGCUAGUGCAUGGCCCACUGGACUGGAACACCACAGCUAACUGUUAGUACUGAAGAGUGUGGCUAGUGCAUGGCCCACUGGACUGGAACACCACAUUGUCUACUGAUUGUCACCGUGGGACAGUAGGGAAUUGUACCUCAUAAUAGAGUUUACUACUUUGAGCCACAAUCACAAGGGACUGAAAGGCUUGGUUCAUAGCAGAGCACCAUGGUUUAACCUGUACUAGAGUCAGUUAGACAGCUUCAUAGCAGAGCACCAUGGUUUAACCUUACUGUACUAGAGUCAGAUAGACAGCUUAUCAGUAGAGCACCAUGGUUUAACCUGUACUAGAGUCAGUUAGACAGCUUCAUAGCAGAGCACCAUGGUUUAACCUUAGUAUACUAGAGUCAGUUAGACAGCUUCAUAGCAGAGCACCAUGGUUUAACCUGUACUAGAGUCAGUUAGACAGCUUCAUAGCAGAGCACCAUGGUAUAACCUUGAAGUACUAGAGUCAGAUAGAGAGCUUAUCAGUAGAGCACCAUGGUUUAACCUGUACUAGAGUCAGUUAGUCAGUUAGACAGCUUCAUAGCAGAGCACCAUGGUUUAACCUGUACUAGAGUCAGAUAGACAGCUUCAUAGCAGAGCACCAUGGUUUAACCUGUACUAGAGUCAGAUAGACAGCUUCAUAGCAGAGCACCAUGGUUUAACCUGUACUAGAGUCAGGUAGACAGCUUCAUAGCAGAGCACCAUGGUUUAACCUGUACUAGAGUCAGAUAGACAGCUUAUCAGUAGAGCACCAUGGUUUAACCUGUACUAGAGUCAGAUAGACAGCUUCAUAGCAGAGCACCAUGGUUUAACCUGUACUAGAGUCAGAUAGACAGCUUAUCAGUAGAGCACCAUGGUUUAACCUGUACUAGAGUCAGAUAGACAGCUUCAUAGCAGAGCACCAUGGUUUAACCUGUACUAGAGUCAGAUAGACAGCUUCAUAGCAGAGCACCAUGGUUUAACCUGUACUAGAGUCAGAUAGACAGCUUCAUAGCAGAGCACCAUGGUAUAACCUGUACUAGAGUCAGUUAGACAGCUUAUCAGUAGAGCACCAUGGUAUAACCUUACUGUACUAGAGUCAGUUAGACAGCUUCAUAGCAGAGCACCAUGUUUUAACCUGUACUAGAGUCAGUUAGACAGCUUCAUAGCAGAGCACCAUGUUUUAACCUUACUGUACUAGAGUCAGUUAGACAGCUUCAUAGCAGAGCACCAUGGUUUAACCUGUACUAGAGUCAGUUAGACAGCUUAUCAGCAGAGCACCAUGGUAUAACCUUGCUGUACUAGAGUCAGUUAGACAGCUUCAUAGCAGAGCACCAUGGUUUAACCUGUACUAGAGUCAGUUAGACAGCUUCAUAGCAGAGCACCAUGGUUUAACCUCUACUAGAGUCAGUUAGACAGCUUAUCAGUAGAGCACCAUGGUUUAACCUGUACUAGAGUCAGAUAGACAGCUUCAUAGCAGAGCACCAUGGUAUAACCUUACUGUACUAGAGUCAGUUAGACAGCUUCAUAGCAGAGCACCAUGGUAUAACCUUGCUGUACUAGAGUCAGUUAGACAGCUUCAUAGCAGAGCACCAUGGUUUAACCUGUACUAGAGUCAGUUAGACAGCUUAUCAGUAGAGCACCAUGGUUUAACCUUACUGUACUAGAGUCAGUUAGACAGCUUAUCAGUAGAGCACCAUGGUAUAACCUUACUGUACUAGAGUCAGUUAGACAGCUUCAUAGCAGAGCACCAUGUUUUAACCUUACUGUACUAGAGUCAGUUAGACAGCUUCAUAGCAGAGCACCAUGGUUUAACCUGUACUAGAGUCAGUUAGACAGCUUCAUAGCAGAGCACCAUGGUUUAACCUGUACUAGAGUCAGAUAGACAGCUUCAUAGCAGAGCACCAUGGUUUAACCUGUACUAGAGUCAGUUAGACAGCUUCAUAGCAGAGCACCAUGGUUUAACCUGUACUAGAGUCAGAUAGACAGCUUCAUAGUAGAGCACCAUGGCUUAACCUGUACUAGAGUCAGAUAGACAGCUUAUCAGUAGAGCACCAUGGUUUAACCUGUACUAGAGUCAGUUAGACAGCUUCAUAGCAGAGCACCAUGGUUUAACCUGUACUAGAGUCAGUUAGACAGCUUAUCAGUAGAGCACCAGGGUUUAACCUGUACUAGAGUCAGUUAGACAGCUUCAUAGCAGAGCACCAUGGUUUAACCUGUACUAGAGUCAGAUAGACAGCUUCAUAGCAGAGCACCAUGGUUUAACCUGUACUAGAGUCAGAUAGACAGCUUCAUAGCAGAGCACCAUGGUUUAACCUGUACUAGAGUCAGAUAGACAGCUUCAUAGCAGAGCACCAUGGUUUAACCUGUACUAGAGUCAGAUAGACAGCUUCAUAGCAGAGCACCAUGGUUUAACCUGUACUAGAGUCAGUUAGACAGCUUAUCAGUAGAGCACCAUGGUAUAACCUUGCUGUACUAGAGUCAGAUAGACAGCUUAUCAGUAGAGCACCUUGUUUUUUUGGUAUCUUUAUUUAAAUAGGAAAGUCAGUUAAGAACAAAUUCUUAUUUCCAAUGACAGCCUAGGAACAGUGGGUUAACUGCCUUGUUCAGGGGCAGAACGACAGAUUGUCAGCUCGGGGAUUCGAUCGUCCAAGCCUAUCGGUUACUAGUCCAACGCACUAACCACUAGGCUACCUGUCGCCCCGUCAGUUAGAGUCAGACAGACCGCUUCACAGUAGAGCACCAUGGUUUAACAUUAGUGUAUCGGAGUCAGCAAGACAGCUGCACAAGUCACAGCCGAUCUAACCUGUGAGAUAUAGUGUUACAAAUUUAAAAUGAAUAUUCCAAAUGGUAAAACUCAGGCAGUUCGUUGAUACCACUUGGUUGGUCAGAAGCAAAAAAUAAUAAUGCAAACUUUUUUCUUUUUUUUCUUGUGCACUAAUUUAUAUUGACACAUUAGUUAUUCCAUUGAAAUUAGGAGGGAUAAACAUUGAACACCUACACGGGUAGAUCGUUCAGCGUUCAGCAGGCUUCGAUUUAUUAGCAGCAAUAAGGUGACUUUAGGAAGAGAGAAGAAUCUUUUUGGUUUCUGGUUUGGUAUCCACACAAAUAUAUGCCUCUACUGCAUUGUGUAAACACUUGGAGUCAUGUCCUGAUCUUAAUUACUAUCUUCAAUACUACACUAAUAAACAGCUUGGUGGGUUAGCACUGUUGUUAAUAGUCAUGAUGUUUAACGGUUGUCUUAUGAUAGAGACUGCUUUGGUAGACGAGGCUGUAUGUACAGUAUGUGUGGCACAUAUACGAUACCUUCCUAAUGAUUCAAAUCGUUUCUUGGAGAAGGUAUCAGAUGUAAUUAUGGUAUCAAAUGUAACACUACUGAGUAGAAACACAGUGUGAACUAUACAGAGCAUCUUAGCACUGCAAUCAUCAUUAGAUGUACCCGAUCAUGAAUACAUGAGACAAGACAGCUUCUGUUGUACGGGAGACAGUUGACGAUGAAAUACCAACCUCACUUUUAUUCAAUGUGAAAUACAAUAUGCUCCUUACAUUACUCUUUGUAAUUAACUUUGAUUUGCCAAUUAUGUGAAGAAAAACUGUAUAUAAAUGUUUUGUUUAUGUAUGUGUGAGCUUCUGGAAUUUAUUAAAGUCUUUUUGCAUUGUGUUGCACAUUU